UUGUUUCUUCACGGUUCUCAUGUGUGUUAUAAGUCCCGCCUCCCGCUCUGAGCUCCUCACGUUCAGAGAAACAACACAGUCCGAGAAACAUGGCAGAAGAAGCUCCAGCAGCUGCACCGGUUAAGGCUCCGGCCAAAGCCCCGAAGAAGAAGUCCGCUCCCCGGGCCAAGAAGGACGGGCCCAGCCUCCCGAAACUCCUCGUGGCCGCUGUGGCCGAGUCCAAGGAGCGCAAGGGGGUGUCCCUGGCGGCUCUUAAGAAGGUGCUGGCCGGGAAAGGAGUGGAUGUGAGCAAGGCGAACAAGCGCAUCAACACCGCCAUCACCACGCUCGUCACUAAAGGGACGCUGAGCCAGACUAAAGGGACGGGGGCUUCCGGCUCCUUCAAGCUCGCCAAGGAGCCUAAAGCCGCUAAACCAGCCAAGAAGGUGGUGAAGAAGAAGGCUCCCGUUAAAGCGAAGAAGCCCGCUGCCAAGAAGACCACCGCGGCCAAGAAACCCGCCGCUAAGAAGCCAGCAGCCAAGAAGACCCCGAAGAAGGCUCCGGCCAAGAAGGCGGUGAAAAAGCCCAGCAAGAGUCCCAAGAAGCCCGCCGCUAAGAAGCCAAAGGCCGCCAAGAAGCCCGCAGCCAAGAAAACUCCAGUGAAGAAACCUGCAGCCAAGAAGCCCGCAGCAAAGAAGGCCAAGAAGUAAACAGCUGCUACAGCAGCAAAAAAGGCUCUUUUCAGAGCCACCACACUUUCUCCUGUGGAGCACAUCCUGUCAUUAGAGAGACUCAUUCAAUUAAAUACCACUGCAAUAGUUUCAACUAGUUGAGCUGCCUAAAAGCCUCCAACAUCCUUCUACAUUUUACUCUAUAGACCAACAGCAUCAUCUAGAUUCACUUGGAUUUAUUGUCCGGGUCCAUUUCAUCAGUAGUGAUGAGAAUUCUGCUUCUUAUCAGGGAUCCAUAUGAUUUGGCUCAACUCCAUAACAGAUUCUGGUUCCUUUAGCUGGAAUUCUUAAUAUUUGACCUGACUUUUGAUAAUACACAUCAAUGCUGACACAGUUUCAUAAAUAUUUUGUGUUUCAUGUGUUGGAAAUGUGUAAACAACGGAAGGACUGAGCCGACUCCCAUAAGUCAUGUAAAUGAACUGGCACAUGGAGCCGGUUCUGCCGCAACAGGCACAUUUCCUCAUUCAGCGGUUUAUUUGACGCAGAUGAGUCCACGCUCCCAAAACAACUUGUGUAAACAUGAUGGCGAAGUGCAAAAACAUUAUUAAAGAAAUCUAUUUACAAUGA